GCCAGCACGCACGCACGCUGUGAGCAGGUGGAGGAGAGAUACUAGGAGCAUUCCCGACUACUUACAGGAGUCUACUUGUUGAUUCGCCUUCGGAGCGAUGCACACGCCAGACUGGACAUGUUGAUUCCGAUGUAAAGCACUUAUAGUUUUCAACAUGUCGGUACGCAGUUCAUGAUGCCCCCAUCAGCUCCUAAAAGAAAGUCGAAGACCUGGAGAGCAGUAACAAGUUUGAACGCGUUUACUCUUGAAAUGUUGCCGAUGCCGCUCCUGGAGGUGAAUCGGGAUAUAAGGAAGACAGGCAAAAGAAACCAAGGGGGACCCUGAUGCGGUCAUCUCUAGGACCAUGUUCCCUUAAUCCACCAUCCUGCAUCUUCCAGUGUUUUCAAGUGACCGAGUAACUUGAGUGAAGAUGAUCAAAACAGGACCUCGAUUGGCCACCGCGCUGCCACCGGAUACAAUCGACAUCAUCCGCAGCAAGACCCACUCCCGCCGGGUAAGACUCAACGUUGGGGGUCUUCUCCAUGAAGUUCUGUGGAGGACGCUGGAUAGGCUGCCCCGCACGAGACUGGGCAAACUACGAGACUGCAACACUCACGACUCUAUCAUAGAGAUAUGCGACGAUUACAGCUUGGAUACCAACGAGUACUUUUUCGACAGACACCCCGGCGCCUUCACCUCCAUCCUCAACUUCUACCGCACUGGAAAGUUGCACAUGAUGGAGGAAAUGUGCGCCCUCUCGUUCAGCCAAGAGCUGGACUUCUGGGGCAUCGACGAGAUCUACCUGGAGUCCUGCUGCCAGGCCAGAUAUCACCAGAAAAAAGAGCAGAUGAACGAAGAGCUCAAAAGAGAGGCCGAGAACAUGAGAGAGAGGGAAGGAGAGGAGUUUACUACCACGUGCUGUUCCGAAAAGAGGAAGAAACUCUGGGACCUCUUGGAAAAGCCAAGCUCAUCAUUUGCUGCUAAGAUCCUGGCAAUCAUCUCCAUCCUCUUCAUCGUGUUGUCCACCAUUGCCUUGUCUCUGAACACACUUCCAGAGCUGCAGGACACGGAUGAGUUUGGUCAACCCACCGACAAUCCACAACUGGCCCAUGUGGAAGCUGUGUGUAUCGCCUGGUUUACUAUGGAGUACCUGCUUCGCUUUCUCUCUUCUCCCAACAAAUGGAAGUUCUUUAAGGGUCCUUUGAAUAUCAUUGACCUGUUAGCCAUCCUGCCCUAUUAUGUCACCAUCUUCCUGACAGAAUCCAACAAGAGCGUGUUGCAAUUUCAAAAUGUGCGUCGUGUGGUUCAGAUUUUCCGGAUCAUGCGGAUCUUGCGUAUUCUGAAGCUAGCCCGUCACUCCACAGGCCUUCAGUCCCUGGGCUUCACUCUCAAGAGGAGUUAUAAUGAGCUGGGCCUCCUCAUCCUAUUCUUAGCCAUGGGAAUUAUGAUAUUCUCCAGUCUGGUGUUCUUCGCUGAGAAGGAUGAAGAAGACACCAAGUUUAAGAGCAUCCCAGCUUCCUUCUGGUGGGCUACCAUUACUAUGACCACAGUGGGUUAUGGAGAUAUUUACCCAAAAACUCUGUUGGGAAAGAUAGUUGGAGGUUUAUGCUGCAUUGCAGGAGUUCUGGUGAUCGCCCUGCCUAUCCCCAUCAUUGUAAAUAACUUCUCUGAGUUCUACAAAGAGCAAAAGAGGCAGGAGAAAGCCAUCAAACGAAGGGAGGCUCUGGAGAGAGCUAGGAGAAAUGGUAGCAUUGUCUCUAUGAACAUUAAAGAUGCAUUUGGUCGCAGCGUGGAGCUCAUGGAUGUAAUGGUAGAAAAAUCUGAUGAAAAGAUAGAGAAACUCCACGAUAAUCAUGUGUCUCCUAAUAUCCACAAAGGGACUCCCAAACACAAACUAAAGACCAACCCCAGUAGCCCCACCAAGACCCUUGAAUCGAACUAUGAAGAGCAGGCCAAGCCUUCUAGCAGCCCCCAGCACCUCAGUGCACAGAAACUGGAGGAGCUGUACAACAAGAUGACCAAGACCCAGUCGCAACCCAGCCUCAACGGCAAGGAAAGGGAAAAGGGGCAGCCAUCCAAAACUUAUAGACAGAGAGCUGAGCUUGAGAUGGGAAGCAUCCCAACUGAAGCUAUCUCAAGCACAGUGGAGGUUUUGACAGACAUGAAGAGCAUGUCCAGUAUUGACAGCUUCAUCAGUUGUGCCACUGACUUACCCGAGAGCUCUCGCUUUUCCCAAAGCCCUAUCAGCAACAUGCCAGGGAAGGUCAGUACAAACCCAAGCCUGGAGACCACGUUGGAAAAUGAGUUUGAAGGCAACACUACACCCUUGACAGGCACCAAGUUCAGCCUGUAUUCUGACAACCCCAGAGGCACGCAUUUCAAAAACCCACUCAAAAGUCAUUCUUUAAAAGUCAACUUCAGAGGUGGUGAGGAUUCAGGGACAGGAGUCCUCUCUGACAGCUCAUCCGUGCAGAGUCCCGAGGCGUCCAUCUACACAACUGCCAGCAGCAGGACACCCAGCAAGAGCCCAGAAAACCUACUGCCCAGCAUGUUCACAUUCCAUGAUGCCUCAGUCAGUAAGUUUAUUGAUGCUGAUACAGAUGAGGAGGAGCACCCACAUGAUGGUUCGGGCCCCAACCCAAACCAAAGACUCCUGGAGAAAUCCAGCCCCAAGUUUGGCCAUCGAUCCAGUUUCCAACAGGGUCCCAACCACAUGGAGGGCAUCCAAAGAAAGCUGGGAAAUAGCACACUGCCGUUAGAUGGGCGGGAGAACCAUGUGGCUCAGGAACUCCAGCCACUUCAGGGAGAGAAGAGUCACUCUAACUCUUAAAAGACUUAAAGGAAAGAGACAAUGGACAGAAGGAGAGUAGAAAGCAAAGGAGGUGGAGAGCAAAUAAGAAGCACAAUGAACCUCCCAGCACUAUGAAAGGCAUGGAAAACAUUUGCAGGAACAUUUAAAGAGUUACAAAAAUACUUCUCCCAUGAAGUUACACUAAUUGUGCACACUGGGAAAGAAUUUUGUUUUCUCUCAAAAUUCUGCUAAUGAAUCCUAAGUAAAUCCUUUUAGCAGAGGACUCAAAAAAAAAAAGGCAAGGAAUGCAUUCUGGGGAGUUUUACAAUUUAUACAUUUGUUUUAGCCAAGUCAGCCCAGUACAGUUAUUCUUUUUCAUUAGGCAAAAACCUACUUUUCUGAUUCCGGCAUCCCUGGAUACCACUUUAAAGCCAUGAUAGCAAAGGCUGUCAAAUCAGUAGCAAACCGCAGAGGGCAUUGAAACAUGGCAUACUAAGCUGAGAUAUUUCAGCUGUAAGGGGAACACGCAUUUUCCUUUACUUUCUAUACAGUGUAUAACUAUAUACAGUGUAUAUUACAAAGGCGAAGUGGUGGGAAAAAAAUGUGUAGUUGGUUUCCUGUAACUUCCUUCCUCGACACUGGCCUUAGUACAUGUUGUCUCCUAUGUUUUAUGUUUGUAUGGCAGAGUGAAAGCCAGAAGCCGACAGGCAGACAGACAGCAUAUACAUGUGCGCAAUAAUUACCUUUCAUAUCUAUUAUAUUUAUUCUUAUGUAGCGUUUUGUGGUCCCUUGUCUUAAGUGUGAUCUUCAGAAGAAUCAAGUGUCCAAGAGGGGUUUAGUGUUGUGCUUAUUGAUAUUUUUUUUUUACUGCACAGAUUACAUUAAACGGCACAGAGACACACUGUGAGGUUGCAUCCAUAAAUGUCCUUCCUGUUCCUGUUGUGCCAGACUGCUGGCGAGAGAGAGAGAGAGAGAGAGCACCUUUUUAUUAUUAACACGGGAAAAGUUGUGUUACCCAUGUUUGUUUACCUGUUUUCUUUGUUUCUAAAUGUCUUUUGCGUGUCACUGAGACUUCAUGUCGAAUCUGGAGAAAAACAACAACAAAAAAACUUUCUCGGAGGAGUCGCCAUUCCCGUUGUAGCGGAUAGACUUUGCAUUAAACGACACUGCUUAUGAGCAUCGAAGCAGCUGGAAGGACAGCAGUGAAAAUCAGAGAUUUUCUAUGUUGAGCUUCUGGUUUUGUAGUAGUGUGAAUAUUGUACAUUUAUAACUGCAAGAGUAGAAUCUGUUACAAAGAUACAUGUUUAUUGUACAAGGUAAAGAAUCAAAAUAAUUUAUAUUUUUAAGAUAUUUUCUAAAAGAAUGGAUUCUUAGAUAAAUAUAUUGUGCUAAUCUCAUAGUUUUGCAUUUCAGUAUAUGUACUGCAUUAUUUUGAAGGAGCUGCAUUUAUGAGAUAAUAUUCUUUAGUAGAUACUUUUCUGUUGUUUGCUGCUGUCUCCCUGCAAAUGUCUGUCCCUCUGGUUUUUGUGUGAUGCGAGGAACCAAAGAAUUGUUCUUUCUAAUAACUCAUACAGACGAGUUAUCUCGAAAUAUUAGAAAUUGAAGAAUUCCUUCUCUAAAAAACACAGAUUCUGACAUAUUUCAGGGAGCCAUACUCGCUCAUUCGGGACAAACAUGUGAGCUAGAGAGAGAGAGAGAGUGCACAGGCCUCUGAAGAAGAUGGCUGCUGAUGGAGGAUGACAUAAGAAAAUGAAAAAUGAAGAUGGGAACAAAGCACUUUAUUUCAUAUCCCUUUAGAAAGCUAAUUUGAUUAUUUACACUCUGUGGUUUCUGGCAAGUGGUUCGCUUCCAGAAAUCCAAAACAUCACGCUCAUAUGAGUCCAGAUGACAUCUCUUAUAAACUUAAAGACACCUCGCAGCUAUGUGCUGCCUGCCACUCUGACACACAAACAGCAAGGAGGUACAUUAGGCCACUCUAGUUCAACCGAGGAUUCUUCAUCCUGCUUUUCUGAAUGCACCUGAUCACCGGACACAUGAACAGUCUGGGUGCUGGCUGACUGCUGCCCUCAUGCUCUUUCUUACAAAAAAUCAUGCAAGUAUGGUUUUAUACGGUUAUUAACUUACAACAUAUCAUGUAAGCAAGCUCCAAGCAGCCGUUUUUAGUAGUGGACCUUAAGCUUAAAAGGAACAUUUACUGUUGUGCAAUGUUUGCAGUCAAUAGAUGUGACAUGAGUUAGAUAUUUCUGUGCCUUUGCUUUUAAAAACGCCUACUCUGCACACUGAAUCUGUCGCUGUGCCCUGUCUAAUGGAGCCUGAAUGACAAUAAAACAAACUGUACUGCAAAUAAACACAUAGAGAACUGG